CGGUCAAACUUCUUACUCUUCCACCUGAUAAAUAAGCUAGGAUACUGAUGCUCUCAGCUCCUCUAUAAGAACUCCCGUUCUCUACACACAUCAUCAGCUUGACGACACACAGCCCAGCCGCCAAUACGUAUGAACACUUGAACGGCUAGAAUUGCAGAGUGAGCAAGCUAGCUUACCUGCGUUCGAUGGAGGGCUCGUCCGAGGAGAGGUGCUUCUUGGUCAGGAAUCUGGUGCAGGUGCUCGAGAUGGCGAGGCAGGUGGAGGCGCACAUGGCGGGCCAACUGGACUGCACGGCGGCCGGAGGGGAGCAGUGCCGGGCCCUGGUGUCCACCAUGCGCGCGUCCAUCGACAGGGCCGUACAAAUCGCCAGUUCCUGUUUUCCCGAGGGCCGACUGGCCGUUGGACUUCCGGAGUCGCCGCCGUCCGGUGGUGAUGGCAGCCCGCGCAGCGCCGGGUCGUACCAGGCCGGUGAAUCCCGUGGCCGCGGCAAUGAGGCCGGGCAGUGCAAGAAGAGGAAGACGCUGCCCAAGUGGAGCACCCAGGUGAGGGUGAGCGCCGUGCAGGACGUCGCCCCCCUCGACGACGGCCUCAGCUGGAGGAAGUACGGCCAGAAGGACAUCCUCGGCGCCAAGUACCCAAGAGCCUACUUCCGGUGCACGCACCGGCACACGCAGGAGUGCCACGCGAGCAAGCAGGUGCAGCGAACGGACGGUGACCCGCUGCUAUUCGACGUCGUGUACCACGGGAGCCACACGUGCGCCCAGGCCGGCGCGCACGCCAAAACCCAGUGGCCGCGCCCCGCAGCAAGCGCAGAUCACUGCCCGCCCCAGGCCCAGCUGCAGCCCGGGCAGGAGCAGACUUCCGCCUCCACGGGGUUCGAGGGGCCUAUGCCGCCGUUGUCGCUCCCCUACAAGCCGUCGGUUGCCGACGAUACUGGUGGCGCGACGAGCAGCAGUUUCCCGGCCGGCGGUGUCACGGCGUCCUCUUUCGUGUCCCCGGCGACGCCAGCGUGCCGGCAGGUUGGCAGCAGCAGCAGCAGCUACGCGGUGGCCAGUGCCCGGAACGUGCCUGACGUCGAGCUCGACUCCACGACAAACUCUUCCAUGGGGGACAUGGACUUCAUGUUUCCCCUGGACGCCGCCGAUUUCUUGGGGAACCCCGGCUAUUUCUAAGCGGAAACGUUCCUUGGCGCCGGCAAAGCCGCCAAGGCGAAACGAACGAGCGGCCUAGCGCUCACUGUAAAACCUCCCCUAUCCACUCUUCAAGUCUGUAACGCUAGCUAGCAGCCUAGCACAGAGGACUAGUACAUCACAGGUUCAUCUGUUGCAUGCACUUCAAUUUUAAAUCUCCUUUCAUGUUC